AUGGAUUCCCUUAAGGCCAGCCAGAGAGCAGGCACCUCCUUGACGAGCUUCCCUGCCGACUUUUUUAUUCCGAGCUCCUUGGAGAAGGCACUUCCGAAGAAGCAGAUCGAGCUCUAUACGCCUGAGUACUACGCUGCCUGCACCUUCGGUGGUAUCAUCGCGUGUGGGCCGACCCACUCUGCGGUCACGCCGUUAGACCUUGUCAAGUGCAGAAGACAGGUGGAUCCGACGUUGUACAAGUCAAACAUCCAGGGCUGGUCCAAAAUCAUUGCUUCUGAGGGUAUUGGUGGGAUCUUUACCGGUGUGGGUGCCACCUUCAUUGGGUACUGUAUCCAGGGUGCGGGUAAGUACGGGUUUUACGAAUACUUCAAGAAGCUGUACGCGGAUGCAGUGGGUGAGGACUUUGCCAAAAAGUACCAGACCGGUGUUUACAUGGCAGCCUCUGCUUCCGCUGAAGCCAUCACUGAUUUGUUCUUGUGCCCAUGGGAAACCAUCAAGGUAAAGACUCAGACCACCAUUCCACCAUAUGCCAAGUCUGUGUUCGAAGGCUGGAGCAAAAUCGCCGCCGCUGAAGGACUUGGUGGUUUUUAUAAGGGCUUGGUCCCAUUGUGGUUCAGACAGGUGCCUUACACCAUGGUGAAGUUUUCAUCGUUUGAAAAGGUUGUGGAUUUGAUCUACUCGAAAUUGCCAAAAGCCAAGAAGGACUACUCUCCAUUGCAGCAGACAGGUGUCUCCUUCACCGGUGGUUACAUUGCCGGUAUCUUCUGUGCUGCCGUUUCCCACCCAGCCGACGUCAUGGUGUCCAAGAUCAAUGCAGACAAGCAGGUCGGUGAGUCUACCGGUCAGGCGUUGAGCAGAAUCUACCUGAAGAUCGGCUUUGCCGGCUUGUGGAACGGGUUACCGGUCAGAAUCGUCAUGAUCGGUACCUUGACCGGUUUCCAGUGGUUGAUCUACGAUUCCUUCAAGGUCGCGGUUGGCUUGCCAACCACCGGUGGGCAUUAA